CCUCAUGACCUGGUGAUUUCUGGCUGCUUCCUGCUUGCUGGCCUUGUUGCAGACGGAGUCGGUGGCUGGCGCUGCGGGCGAUUACACGGCACUCGGCGGGCGGAGGAGGAAGCGUGCGCUAGCGUAGGACGCCUGUGGCCGCCUCAAGACGCUGCUGCGGGUACAAUGAGGAGGAAAUCUCGCAUUCUUCUGUGCUUCGCCUUCCUUUGGGUGCUUGGCAUUGCCUACUACAUGUACUCGGGCUCCUCUGUCAACAACCAGAAGGAGGCCUGGAAUGAAAUUGGUGCAAUCAAGAAAAGAGAUCCUCACAGCGUCGGUGAAGAAGAGAGAGCUCAAAGUUUGGAAACUCUUCCUCCAGAUAAUGCCUUCAAAUCUUUAUUUGAAAAGGGGAAGUUUUCACAAAAAUCUAUAGGUAAGGUUCGGUGGCAAGAUUUUGAUCAAGAAGAAUAUGUUGGAGUCACUGCAGUUCGGCCAGGUCAAGAUGCUUAUGCAAGGAACAAAUUCAAUCAAGUGGAAAGUGACAAAUUACGUAUGGACAGAAGUGUUCCUGAUACAAGACAUGAUCAAUGUCAUAGGAAACAUUGGCGGACUGAUCUACCAUCAACCAGUGUUGUCAUAACGUUUCAUAAUGAGGCCAGGUCUGCAUUACUCCGCACAGUAAUCAGUGUAUUAAAAAAGAGUCCCGUUCAUCUCAUAAAAGAAAUUAUAUUGGUUGAUGAUUACAGUGACAGUGCUGAAGAUGGUGCUUUGCUUGGGAAGAUUGAGAAGGUGCGAGUACUUAGGAAUGACAGACGGGAAGGUCUUAUGCGUUCUCGUGUUAAGGGAGCAGAUGCAGCCCAAUCUAAAGUUCUCACUUUCCUUGAUAGCCACUGUGAAUGUAACGAACACUGGUUGGAGCCCCUUCUUGAGAGAGUUGCUGAGGACAGAACUAGAGUUGUGUCUCCUAUAAUUGACGUGAUUAAUAUGGACAACUUCCAAUAUGUUGGCGCAUCAGCAGAUUUAAAAGGAGGUUUUGAUUGGAACUUAGUUUUUAAAUGGGAUUAUAUGACUCCAGAGCAAAGACGAGCACGGCAAGGAAACCCGGUAGCACCAAUCAAAACUCCAAUGAUUGCUGGAGGGUUGUUUGUGAUGGACAAAUUCUACUUUGAAGAAUUGGGGAAAUAUGAUAUGAUGAUGGACGUUUGGGGUGGGGAAAAUUUAGAGAUUUCAUUCCGUGUGUGGCAGUGUGGUGGAAGUCUGGAAAUAAUCCCCUGCAGUAGGGUAGGCCAUGUGUUUCGGAAGCAACAUCCAUACACAUUUCCUGGUGGAAGUGGAACCGUGUUUGCCAGGAACACCAGACGAGCUGCUGAGGUGUGGAUGGAUGAAUACAAGAAUUUCUACUAUGCUGCUGUACCAUCAGCCAGAAAUGUACCAUUUGGAAAUAUUCAAAGUCGUACAGAGCUGAAGAAAAAACUGGGCUGUAAGCCUUUCAAGUGGUAUUUGGAAAAUGUUUAUCCUGAGCUAAGGUAAGAUCUUUAAUGUGUUGUGUUUUAAUAAAUGGAUAUUUUUAACUUUUAG